AUGCCUUCUAGUAAAGGAAGUGGUGAGGCUGCCAUGAUAAAGUCUACGCAGACUGUUAUUUCGGUGGAUAAUAUCCCAAUAACGUCAGUCCUCUCCGGAGAUGAUAAAAGGAUUUUAGUUGAUCACCCAGUUGAUAAAGAUGAAGCAGUCAUACUUUCCUUAGGAUACAAACAAGAAUUUAAAAGAGAAUUUUCUCUUAUGACAACAUUUGCCGUUUCAUUUUCUGUUUUGGGACUUCUACCAUCUAUUGCAUCUACGCUUUGGUAUUCCUUAGCCUACGCCGGUAACGCAGGAAUUACAUGGGGCUACCUUGUUGGUAUGAUUGGUGUCUUAUGUGUUGCAUUUUCCAUGGGAGAAAUAUCGAGUGCUUUCCCGACAUCUGGUGGUUUGUAUUAUGCCACUGCCAUGUUAGCACCUCCAAAAUAUAAAGCAUUACUUUCUUGGUUAGUUGGCUGGUCCAAUUAUUUUGUCCAGGUUACUGGUGCUCCUUCCGUUGGCUAUUCGUGCGCUUCGAUGAUUCUUGCAUUAGUCCAAAUUGGAAAUCCAAAUUAUACGUAUGAAACAUGGCACUGCUUUCUUUUAACGAUUGCAAUAACCGCUGCAUGUGCUGUUAUAGCAUCCGCGCCUACUAAAUGGAUUGCUUAUAUCAACACAGCCGCAACAGCUCUUAAUUUAAUAUUUUUGUUCAUUUCUUUUAUUGUCAUGCUUGCCGGAAACAACAGAACCAGUCAGGGACUUCCACGGUUCAAUUCAAAUGGCUAUGCAUGGGAGUUAGAUAAUUUUACUGAUUGGCCUGAUGGAAUCUGUAUUCUUAUGACAUUCAUGGCUGUCAUUUGGACCAUGUCUGGCUUUGAUUCACCUUUCCAUUUAUCUGAAGAAUGUUCCAACGCACAGGUUGCAACACCUCGAGCAAUCGUGUUAACUGCAACAGUUGGUGGUUUGCUUGGUUUCGUAUUCCAACUUGCAAUGGCAUACACAAUAGUUAGUGUUCCUGAUGCUAUUAACGAUGAAUUGGGACAACCAUACAUUGCAUACUUGAAUCAAAUCAUGGAUCAGAAGAAAGUUAUGGCAAUUGGUGCAUUUGCUGUUAUACUUUCGUUUAACAUGUGCUUCUCAUGUAUGAUUGCUGCCUCAAGAGUGUUGUUUUCUUAUUCUCGGGAUAACUGCUUCCCUCUCUCACGUUACUGGUGUAAAGUUAACAAUGUCACUAGAACUCCUGUUAAUGCUGUUUGGGCUAAUUGGUUUAUUGGAAGUAUUCUUGAUAUUCUCAUGUUUGGAGGUGUUGCUAUCGAUGCCAUAUUUUCGGUUGGAGCCAUUGGCUCUUUCAUUUCCUUCACUGUUCCAACACUUUUAAGAAUUACGUAUGCUCGAAACACUUUUAAGCCUGGUCCAUGGAAUCUUGGAAAAUUUAGUGCUCCUUGCGGUACAGUGGCAUGUCUUUUCGUGUUGCUCAUGAUUCCAAUUCUUAACUUCCCUCAAUAUAGAGGUGCUGAUAAUACUCCAGAUUUGAUGAAUUGGACUGUUGUUGUGUAUUGGGGUUCUAUGUUAUUGGUUUUAAUAUGGUAUUAUGUCUAUGCUCAUAAGAUCUAUAAAGGACCUAAGAGCAACCUUGACAGGGAUGCCGUUAUUAGUGGUACUGAUGCAAAGGACGUCAUAAAUGCUGUAAUUAGCGCCAACCGAAAUGUCAAAUUUGGUCCUAAAGGUUCAGAUCCAGAAAAGAGUUCGGGACAAAUUGAUAAUAAAGAUGAUGAAAAGAAGCCGGAGAAGGUUGAAAUAGUAGGCUAG